GCACGCCCCCUUUCCCAAUCGCUCCCAUGGCCACACUUACACUACUCCGCGCCGUUGUCCAGCUCGGAUCAGUGCAUGCCAUUGUCCCUCGGCCUCCCUUUUCAGCUGACUUUUGCUCAACUGAAAAACAUCUGACAGGGAACCGCAGAUCCCGCUGUUUUCUCACUGCACGGUCACAGGGCAGCAACAACCCAGUCUUCCGCCGGCCCUGGGAGCUGAUGGUGGCCUCACGCCGCCGCGCCUCCAUUGAGGCGGUCGGUGAUUGGCAGAGCCGGUUGCUUCGGCUACGGGCGGUGGCGUGGGGCUCCAAGAUGGCGGAGCGGGAUGACGAUGGGACGGUAGUGGAGCGGGGCCCGGGUGCGGCUUACGCCGCUUUCGUGCUGAUGGAGGAGCUGCUAGACAAGCUGAAGCUGCUGAGUUACGAGGAAGAGGCGCUGCGGCGCCACAACAUGAGACCGCUCUCCAGGCACUAUUUUGCACUGCCCACUAAUCCUGGUGAGCAGUUCUUCGUGUUCUGCACUCUUGCAGCUUGGCUGAUCGCUAAAGCAGGACAUCACUUUGAACAGCCUCAAGAAUAUGAUGACCCCAAUGCAAUAAUAUCCAAGAUACUCUCGGAACUGCGAUCAUUUGGAAGGCCUGUGGAUUUUCCUCCCUCAAAAUUGAAGUCGGGUUAUGGAGAGCAAGCCUGUUAUGUUCUUGAUUGUUUAGCUGAAGAAGCCUUGAAAUACAGUGGCUUUAGCUGGAAAAGGCCAGUGUACCCAACAGAUGAGCUGGAAGAAGAAGAAAUAACAGAAGAUGAUAUGGAAUUAACACUUAAUAAACUGGAAGAGGAUGUUGCAGAAGAAGAGUCAGAUAAUGAAGAAAACUUCAUUGACCUGAAUGUUCUGAAGGCACAAACAUACAGAUCAGAUGUGAAAGACUCCACAAAACAAGAAGAAAUCUUGCUGUCCACAACAGAUGCAGCAGAGUGGAAUCUGGAAGUGGAACGUGUGCUUCCACAGCUGAAAGUUACAGUCAGGACUGACAAUAAGGAUUGGAGGAUCCAUGUAGAUCAAAUGCAUCAACAUAAGGAUGGAAUUGAAUCUUCUUUGAAAGAAACUAGGGGCUACCUUGACAAAUUCCAUAAUGAAAUCAGCCGAACGUUGGAAAAGAUCAAUAGCAGGGAAAAGUACAUCAACAAUCAGUUGGAGCAUUUGAUUCAAGAAUACCGUUCAGCACAAGCCUUGCUGAGUGAGGCUAAGGAGAAGUAUCAGGAGGGAAGUGGAGGAGUAACUGAAAGGAUUAGAGUCCUUUCUGAGAUUACAGAAGUUUUAGAGAAAGUGAAGCAGGAAACAGAAGAGAAAGGAAGCAGUAUGACUGAUGGCACUCCUUUGGUGAGGAUUAAACAGGCCUUAACAAAACUGAAGCAAGAAACCAUUCAGAUGGACAUUCAAAUUGGUGUAAUGGAACACACGUUGCUCCAGUCAAAGCUUAAAGAGAAAUCCAAUAUGACCAGAGAUAUGAAUGCAGCAAUGAUACCAGAAGCUACAAUAGGUGCCUACUGAAAUUGUUUGGAGCUGACUUGGUUUGCCCAAAAUAAAGUUUUCUAUUGUUUGCUUUUUU